AUGAAGGCCUGUACUUUUGUCAGUGUUUUCGCGGUUGCCGCAAUUGCCAGCGCGAUCCCAGUGAAGCGUGACAACGUCGACAUCACCUUCAUCGGCGCUGCUGAUGCUCAAUUCACCUGGAGCUUCCCAUCCGACGGAUCUGUCGUCUCAAUCAGCAACCCGUUGAGCAUUUCCCACAUCUCAUCCAGCGUAGACGGAGUUCAGUGCACCUUCGAUGGUAUCGAUGAUAGUGUCACUACUGUCACCGGGGCUCAGACUGUCGAUGUUGGCCCACCCCAGACUCAGCUGACUGGAUCUUGUGUCCUUGUAAACGACCAUCCUGCCAGAGGUCUGGCGUGGGUUAACUUCAUUGGUGCUGCCGAUGCCAAAUUCGGCCAGGGAUUCCCUACCGAUGGCGAAUGGGUUCAAAUUAGUAGGUCAACUCUGGUAUCUGUCUGGAAGCCACUUACUGACGUAAUUAGCCAACCCCUUGAGCAUCUCGCACAUUGA